AGCAAGUCCAGUCCGGCUUGACCACGGCCGCGAAAUGUAUUGCAAGGAAGCCGACGCCGAUGCUGCGGCCGACUAGCACAUGUGUUUGAUUAAAGGCGUUUAAAGUGUUUGCAAGGUCGUGUGUGCGCUCAGCGAUAAACGCUACGGACAGAUAGAAGCGGCUACUCGUCGCAGCGGGCGCGUUUAGGUCGUUAUCCUCUUCCUAAGCGCACGCUGUUCGCGCUGCAUGAACUUUUUGUUUUGUACGAGCGGUGUUAACGUGGGUACCCAAUUCGCCAGAAAAAUGACUUCGUCGGCUUUGAAGUGCAAAAUCGGCCCGUCCAUUCUCAACGCCGACUUGGCGAUGAUAUACGAGGAAUCCCAGAAACUACUGGACUGCGGAGCGGACUACCUUCACCUCGACGUGAUGGACGGGCAUUUUGUGCCCAACCUUACUUUCGGACAUCCCGUUGUGAAGUGCCUCAAGAGCAAAUUGCCCAAGACGUUCUUCGACAUGCACAUGAUGGUGCUCGCACCGGAGAAAUGGGUGUCCCCGAUGGCAGAUGCUGGUGCCGAUCAGUAUACGUUCCACUACGAGGCAACGUCAGAUCCUCUUGGACUUGUGCGCAAGAUCAGGGAAGCUGGCAUGAAGGUAGGAGUGGGCAUCAAACCCAAGACACCAGUGGAUGUUGUACUUCCUUUGGUGGAACAUGUUGACAUGGUACUUGUGAUGACCGUGGAGCCCGGAUUUGGUGGACAAAGUUUCAUGGCUGAUAUGAUGCCCAAGGUGAAGCUUUUGCGCUCCAAGUUUAAAGAAUUGGACAUAGAAGUGGAUGGUGGAGUGGGGCUAAACACAAUUCAGGAGUGCGCUGAGGCUGGUGCCAACAUGAUUGUCUCCGGAACAGCCAUCACAAAGAGCAAGGACCCCAAGCAUGUGAUCACAACUCUUAGACAGUCCGUAGAUAGUGUAAUUCAAAGAAGAGCUGCACACUGAAUGUGUAGCAUAAUAUUGUGAUAAAAUGCUUUUUUCGGUGGUGCAGUCUUGCAGCGAUGUUAAUAAAGUUCUAUAUUUUAAUA